AUGCUUCGUUUACAGAAAAGUUGGACAGCCUUUUUGCUUCUAAUUCUGUGCUUCAUACAGAUUUACCUUUUAGAAGUGUCCGUAGGAACUAGUGAAACGAAAGGUGAGUGAUUAACGAGGCAACUUGAAACUUUAGACGGCAUAUGCUCGCCAAUGUUGCGUUCAUGAUCGAUUCGAUUUGGUCAAAGCUCUACAACUUUCAAUUUAAAAAAGAUAUGUAAGGUCUGUACACGUAAUGAAACCGUUUUAAAGUCUAGCUUGACUGAAAGAAAUGGACGAAAAUAUGCCGAAUCAAAGUCGUCACGAGAUCGGCGAAUCAUGUUUUAUACGAACCUCAGACGAUCCUUGUGCUUAACUUUUUUAUGUGCCAAUGGUUUCGUUUUCGUUGAUUAACAGACUGCAGACGGUUUUCAUUUCCAUGCGAAUGCGAGUUAGUACUUUAACCUUGACGGUAUUAAAAUUUCACAGCGAUGUUAUUUUUUGUUGUUCUGGCUUUCGAAAAUAAUCUUACAUCAUACUUUAUAACUUGGAUAUUGAAAUAUUGUAUUUGUAUUGCAAAUGUGCGUAGACAGUUUUGUGUAAGCUUAAAUGCCACUCUGUUUGGGUAGCGUAUACUAAAUUCUCUUUGAACCUUUGUCCAAGUGAUAUUAAAAAUGUUUGCUGCUUUUUAUUAUGACUAAGCUUAUGUGUAUUAAACUUGUACUGGACGAGGAUAACUGUAUGGUUGAAUUACUCUACAGGGCUUUGUGGAAAACUUCAUCCAAUAUGCAAGAUAUGAUAUAUUGAUUUUUAUUGAUAAACACUUUGCUAGAGUGUUCACUUUUAACGUUAUGUAAACAAUGUUAUGUUGGGAAACUUUUAUCAAGCAUUAAUUUUGAUUACAUACAGGGCAGGACUUGUCUAUAUAGUGGGCUGGUUUCAGUGAUAAGUGGUGGUCGGGACAUGAAAGAACUGGAAAGGCUAAUAUUAUAUUAUAACUUGCCUACUUACAGCAUGUAAUUCCCAUUGGAUGACCAUGGUAUAUAGGUAACUCAAAUUAAGAUGCCCAGCCAUACACGUACAUGUAUUCAAGAGUAUGGUUUUUGAUUUCUGGCCAUUGUCUGUGAUCCACACUUUAACAGCUUUUAGAGGAAAUCACCCAACAGUGAAUCGUUGACUUACGUUAAGUACAAUAUAUUAUGUAUAUCUGUCUGAAUUUAUAAAAAGGUAUACUCUGUACAGAAAUUUCAAGUGCAUUUUAACGAUUUGACCCUUGAGGUGAGUAAAAAGCAGUUGAAAGUCGCUAGUUAGGGCUUGUAAAGGACAAAUUAAUCACUGGCUACACGCAGGAAGUCCUUGGCAAUAGCGAGAGAUUUGUAAUGAAAUGAACAACAUUUAAAAGCACAGAAAUUAUGAAAUUACAGUCUCUCAAUUAUCUAUGAGGCUCAUAGCGAGAUACCUGACUAUAACAGACCUAGAAUCCACCUUUCUUGAGCCCAGAAUCGGUUGUCUAAGACAAAGUCACUUCAACUAAACACUCACGAAACAUUUUUAUGCUUGUGCAUGAUAUUCUUAGAACAUGAGCACCACAACAUACCUGAAUUCUGUCUGUCAACAACUUCAGGAAAUGGGCGAUUCCAGAAAAUAUCCAUGCUAUACCACGGACGGCUUUUAGGAUUUCGGAAGAGGAGGGGGGGUUCAUGAUUAUGGAAUUUUGAGGGCAUGGGGGGGUAUUUACGAUUUGAAAUCCGAAGGCAUGGGGGAAUUCCACAGGUGGGAUUUCUGGAGUAGAAAGUGUAGAGUGAGUUCCUUGAAAGCGCUAUUGUUGUGGACUUUUGUAGUUCGUAAAUAAACCAGGAACGUAUGACCGCGGAAGCAGAAGACAAGCAUCGAUAGAUCAGACACGUGUUUACGCUCAUAACUCAUAGAAGUGAACAGUAAAACGUUGGUUUCACAUUUACCUUGAUGAAUUUCUUGUCACAUGAAUAAAAACUGAAAAUGUAUCUUUAAUACCGCUUGCAAAUUUCUUGUUUCUCCCGUCCAAUGAACAGUGGAAAACUUGCACCAGUCCCUCGCUUCCAAGGAAGGCCUGUCAGAUUAGAACACUUUUCAUGCACACUACAUGACCUAUAAAAGGACGCAACACAACUCGACAGUAUAUUUGACUGCCGAAGAGAUUUUAACAGUCUGAAUUUGAGCUAUUUUGCUUUGUAAACGUCAAAACAGCGCAAGAAAACAAAGAGGAGUAAAAUUACCUUAAGUGGUGUUUAUUUUUAUAGCCAAAUUCGGACUUAAAAAGGAGUUUGCACAGCCUGGCCACUAGCGGUAGGUUUUUCUUGUCACUGAAGAGUAAAGCUUGUCACCUGGCACCGCUAGAUCACAGCCUUGAGGAGGCAUAAAUUCAUGUUCGUUUGUUCAUAUAGGCGUUGCCAAGUCGAAAAUGUACUUUAAAAAAAACAGAAAUUCUGAAGGGGAGGAGGGUUCACGAUUAUGGAAUUCUGAGGGCAUGGGGGGGGUAACGCAUUUUGGAAUUUCCGAAGGCAAGGGGGGGGUAAAACAUGGAAGCUGUCCGUGGUUGGGUAUGGAUAUUUUCUGGAAUUGCCCAAUCACACCAUUAACCACGUUUGCGACACUGAAAGAAAUAUCCUCAGCCAACCAGGCACAAUGUUUCCACACUUAAUAUGGACCAAAUAUCAUCAAAUUACUCUCGCUCAACAACUCUCGCCUUCUCCACAUAAAUCGUCACAUGACACAGUGGAUUUAUUCAAGAUUCCGAAUGUAGACGAGCCCUUUUGAAAGGGACACAUGGAGGCUGGCCUUCAAAACAAUUUUUAACUAAGUCUCUGGUCUGGUCAGAAAUAUGCAUCAAUGUUGUUCUCGCCAAGUAGAUGUGACUCCUACAAACUACUUUUUGAGGCCAGAGACUCGUCACGACCCACAUCAAAGCUCGCAAUGUGAUGCCUUUCUGUCUCAAGCCCGAGAUCAGUGUUUCACCCAUUUAGCCAAAAUGAGACAAAAUAUGGUAACAUAUCGGACAACGGCAGACUUUCAUGAGACUUGCUCCUUCAUAAGGCUCAAUGAUGCCUUCCGGAAAACUUUGCUGCAUGCGGCCAAAGUGAAAUCUAGAAAAUUAACCGACCAUGGAAAAGAACUUACCACGUGCGCUGAUUUCAAAUUUAAUAGUGUUUUAUGACACAGGGUGAAUUAUGGGAAGUGAUAGGUGGAAGGGGGGGGAUGGGGGAGAUAGAAACAGCAUUAUAAACACAUUAUCUUAUUGUCUACUGCAGUUUGUUAGGGUUUUUUUGUACUGAAAGCAUCAUAAGAAAAAAAAAAUGGCCAGGUACUGAACAAUCCACCAAUGAGACUGUUGCUAAAAAAUCCUGGAGGUAACUUUUUGCAAAUCCAGACAGAUAUCUGUUGCAGUUUAUUUUUUUAUUUCAGUCAAUUUUUUUUUUCAUUUGUUUUUGGGUAUGGUAAUGUGUGUUAAUGAGUUUGAAACCAGGGAAAAUGAAAAUUAACUGAAAUAAAAAAUUAACUAUAUCCAAGUUGUAAUGUAUGUCACUACAUGACUAGUGCCUGGGACUGUGCAGAGCUUCAGAGAAUACUCAGUAAUUGCUUUUCAUGACUAUAUGUCAAAGUCAACCAACCCGGUGUGGUUUGAAGAAAAGUGAAAACAGUGUUGUUUUCGCAAAGAAAAUGACCUCAAAAGGCCAAGUAAGUUCUAAAAAAAUCCUGUUUAUGAAGAGUAAAACAAAUUUCUAAAAAACCUAAGUGCAUCACUCAGUAUUGUGAAGAUUUUUUAGGAAUUGUAUGGGAUUGUGUGGAUUUGAUCAAAUUGUGUGUUUUCAGACCCACACACCUUGUGAAGCCCUGUUAUAAUACGGUUGGUAGUUAUGACUAAACUUAACAAAUAGAUUUAGCCAGGGCUAAAAGUGAAGCUCUCGUUACUAUACUUAUAAUUUACUCACACAAAAAUAAAAUCAUGUGAUGCUAAACAGUGACGGCAUUGAAAACAACAACAAAAAAACAGCUUUAACAACAACAGGUCUAACUAGCAAAGAAAACAACUUUGCACAUGCAGCACACUUUUUUUUUUGGACAUUUCUUUACCUUUAUUGUUGCACGACUACAACGUGAAGCUUUCUAGUGUAUGCACUUUUUAUGGAGGAAAUGUUGUAUGUUCUCACUAAAAAUAAAUUGCUGCUUGUGUUCCUGUUCACUUUCUUUUGCAUUGCCAAUCAUUUUCAUCUUACUGGCUGCUAUUAAAAACAUUCCUCAUUUUCUCACUACUGCUAUGAAAUUUUCAUGUGUUUUUAAAAAAAUUUGUCUCCUUUGUUUUUAUCUCUCGCUCUUGUUCUUUCCAUGUUAUCCAUGUCAGCCUAGACAUUAAAACUUAUUCAAAGAAGAGACUCGGCUUUGUUGUUGUUUUUCCUCUCUAAAAGUCCGGGUGUCCAAGAUGACUGUAACAUGGACGUCUAUCACCAAGUACCACUCAAAGUAAAAAAGGUCAUUACACAUUUGUUAUCCCAUGGUGCAGACAGAGCUAAAAUACUACUAACAUUUCUUGGAUGCAUGGAUAACCAAGUUAUCUCACCCAUGGUGCUCCACUGCGCACACUUUGCGUGUGUGAGAGCUCCUACCCAAGUGUCCUGUGUCCAUGAUGAUUUGUAAUAAUUACCUAUGGAUGCAGACUAAUUCAUGACAUGCAUCCGGUAGGAUGCAAAGAUUGAGACAUUGAUUUAUAUGUGUUUUCGAAGAAAUUGAUAAUUUAUUACUUUGUUGUCUUUGAUUCUAGAGGACAAAUGCAAUAAAUUUAGCAACAAGUCAUGUGAUGAAUGUGUUAAACAGGAUGGGGUAAGGUGGUUUUUAAUAAACAAAUUUAUGAAAUGAAUAACCUCAGUACACAAAUUUAUUGAAUACCAAAUGAAUACAGUUUAAAUACUACUGAGUGUGCCUUCUAACCAAGGUUGGCACAGUGGUGCAUGACAGCUCUUGCCUCCCAGUAAUGUGGCCCAGGUUCAAAUCCUGGCAUCGACGUCAUUUGUGGGUUGGGUUUGUUGUUGGUUCUCUCCCUUCUUCUGAGAGGCUUUACUAUGCGUACUUUGGUUUUCCCGUCUCCUCAAGACUAAAUUCUAAUUCAAUCAGGAAUGAAUGCACAUGUUUAAACAAGUUCUUAAGAACUCCUCAGUGCAGCCUUGUGGAUUUAUAAACAGAUUACAAAAAAUUCAUUUUUGGCAAUUUAUAAUGUAGAACAUUACUCUGAACGUUUCAGGAUUUGGAAAUCAAUAAAUUGUCUUCAUUCUUUGCUAGUCAUAAGCCAGGUAGUGUUAAUUGUUCACUUUCUGUCAAGGGUUGUGGGAGUUGAUCUGGUUAAUCUCUCACAGUGUGAAGCCAAAGUCUAAGAGACUCACAACAACACCAACCGAAAAAACAUUUCUGCCUGACUCAGUAUUUAAGUUCAAUUCGUGUUUGCAUGCCCAAUUUAGCCAUGUCUCGUCACCAAGUUAAUAUUAGAUGAUAAUCUGUUAGUCUCUUUGUAGUCAUUUAGAUAAUUUCUGGGGCUAGUUGUUCGAAGGCUAAUAGGGCAUUUGCACUAAGAGGUCAUGUGAUAUCAUUUUUGUAAAAAUGAAAGUUAUAUGAUUUUGCCUUUGAAAAACAAUUAGUGAGUCAUAUCUUAAACAAAAUAAUAGUGAUUUGGUUUUUCAAACCCACAUCAUUUUCUGAGAAUGAGUAAGUUUGCAGCAGGUCACAUGACCAAAAUAUGAUUUUUAAAAUAAUUUGUGAAUUAAUUACUUUCUGAACACAAAUUUUGCACUUACAUGUAAACUUCAAGGAAAAUGUUGAAAAGAUGAUAUGGUAAUGUGUACAGCACAUCUGAGCAUAACUGUCAACCGUUUGACGAUACAGGCAAAAAGUAGUUUUGGCCGCCAUUUUGGAGGGCAUACUUUUGCCCUCCAAAAUGGCGGCCAAAUAUUAAUGAGUAUAAAUCAUCCUACUUUGUUGAAAAAUCAAAGUGCCAUAAAAUAUCUCCCUUAAAUGCAUUUCCUCUAACAAAUUUCGGACGUAAGAUAAUCUUUACGUGCUUUGUCAAUUUUGGCAUCAGCAAGAUUCCAACUCAUUUUUUAACUAAAGGAAGCAUUGUUUUCAUGUCCUCUUGGUGCAAGUGGCCUAUUAGCACUAACCUGGGUCGUAUGUUCCAUAGAUUUUUCAGCCAUAAUUUUGUCUAUUCUUUUUAGAGUAUCUAAUCAUCCAGUUGAAUGCAAAAAUAUUUAAACUGAAUUCAAAUUCUGGACUAAUCCUGGGUUAUCUCAAUCCAUCUUUGAUCAACCCAGCUCUUCAGGAUGGGAUGGUGUCCAGGAUCAGUAUGGAAUUAUUGUUUUAAUUUCUUUUUCCUAUAAGCCGUCAGCUGUCCGCUCUGGUAAACUUCUCAGUUCCAAUAAAGUACAAUAUUUCUGUCUACUAUAAGUUAUGACAGGCCAAGGAACGCCUUUUGGCAUUUAGUUUGAGCUCUGUGAUUUUAGUUACAUGAAGAAAAUUUAUUGUUACAUCUUCAAUCCAUAUGAAAAAUAUGGUUCUUUUUGUCUUACUUUCCAGUGUGCAUUUUGUGAAAAGGACAAACAUUGUAUUCCAUUUGAUGUGGUGAAAGACGUUACGCACAAGUCCUGCGAGGGUCAGGAUUGGAAAUACAAACAGUGUGUCGGUGAGCAAAUUAACAUUGCAAAGUUAUUAUCUUACUUGUAGUACAAGGUAACUUGAUAAUGGCAUAAUUGCUCCACAUCGUUCGCGUACUCAGGCAGGUCAACAAAUGAACUAUCAUCGCUGUAUUGCUGAAAUAAAAUCAGGAUAUUUAAGGGCCUUUGAUGACUGAUUUUGUUUUUUCACAAGAUAAUAUUAUAAAUUAGUUUAGACAUGUCAGAGUCAUCGGUAAGCUUUACUCUUAUUUAUACAACUCAGCCAGUCAAGUCAAUCAGUGCAGGCGAAACAAGUAAGAUUAUGUUGGCGAAUCGACCUCAGUGUAGACGAAACGACUUGUAGGCGAAACGAUCGGUUUCCGUCAGAGCUGGGUAGUGCUUCUGAUUUGGGUGUGCCGCUAUGAAAAUGCGCUUAAAUCACAAGCACUUCCCAGAUCUUGCUGGUGACACGCUGAUAGNAGUAUGGAAUUAUUGUUUUAAUUUCUUUUUCCUAUAAGCCGUCAGCUGUCCGCUCUGGUAAACUUCUCAGUUCCAAUAAAGUACAAUAUUUCUGUCUACUAUAAGUUAUGACAGGCCAAGGAACGCCUUUUGGCAUUUAGUUUGAGCUCUGUGAUUUUAGUUACAUGAAGAAAAUUUAUUGUUACAUCUUCAAUCCAUAUGAAAAAUAUGGUUCUUUUUGUCUUACUUUCCAGUGUGCAUUUUGUGAAAAGGACAAACAUUGUAUUCCAUUUGAUGUGGUGAAAGACGUUACGCACAAGUCCUGCGAGGGUCAGGAUUGGAAAUACAAACAGUGUGUCGGUGAGCAAAUUAACAUUGCAAAGUUAUUAUCUUACUUGUAGUACAAGGUAACUUGAUAAUGGCAUAAUUGCUUCACAUCGUUCGCGUACUCAGGCAGGUCAACAAAUGAACUAUCAUUGCUGUAUUGCUGAAAUAAAAUCAGGAUAUUUAAGGGCCUUUGAUGACUGAUUUUGUUUUUUCACAAGAUAAUAUUAUAAAUUAGUUUAGACAUGUCAGAGUCAUCGGUAAGCUUUACUCUUAUUUAUACAACUCAGCCAGUCAAGUCAAUCAGUGCAGGCGAAACAAGUAAGAUCAUGUUGGCGAAUCGACCUCAGUGUAGACGAAACGACUUGUAGGCGAAACGAUCGGUUUCCGUCAGAGCUGGGUAGUGCUUCUGAUUUGGGUGUGCCGCUAUGAAAAUGCGCUUAAAUCACAAGCACUUCCCAGAUCUUGCUGGUGACACGCUGAUAGAUAAAUUUCUGCACUUGUUUCUCAGAUGUCAUUUUGCAGAGAAACCAGUGGGCUCACAGUUGCGAAAUGUCAAUGUAUUACAUUGUAUCUCAGGCUAUUCUCACCAACAUAAUGCUUUGAUUUUCAGUCUCUGGUAAAGUUCUUCUCAUUGCUUUACCUGUGACUGGUUUUGUGGUGCUGCUAGCUCUGGGAUGUACCAUCUACUGCUGCUGUUGCCGAAAGAAAAAGAGAUUCCGAGGGUAUGUAAUAUCAAUCGAUGCAAACUGUUACAGUUCCUUUUGCAAGUAUACAGUUUGCUGACACAGCACACCUGACUUGAAACGAUUUUUUAUUACCCUUUAUCUCAUAGACUGGAUAAAGAAGAAACUAAAUGGCGUCGUCAAAGAGAGGAAAUAGAAAUCAAACACAAAGAAAGGUAUAAUGAUUGUUGACCAAUGCGUUUUACGUGAAGUAUAAGCGUCAUGCUAAACGUGUACCAGCUUUACUAACUAAGGAAAAGGGAUCAACUUAGGUUCUGGGAAACUAGAAACUGCCCACCUACCCCUCCCCUAAGUCAACAUUAACACUUACUUCUCACUUACGGCAAAAUGUUGGAUUAGGGGAGGGGUGGGUGGGCAGUUUCCCAGCAACCUUAAUUGAACCAGGAAAAGGUGCAAAAAAUUAGAGUGAUUAUUGAUGUCAAAAGUAACCGCGUAAUGAUUUACUAUUUUUUCUCUCAGGCGCGAGGAGCGACAGAAGAAACACGAUGAGAUCAGGAAGAAAUAUGGUAAAUAAAUAUUCUUCUUGUAUUUCAAGUUGUUGAAAUUGGCCGUAUUCACACUAACCUGCGCACAUUGAGAUGAGUUUUCCGUUGGAUAAUUUGCGUCAGACAGAUAAACCGUCUUACUUUGAAAAUGGAACGGUAUUAAUUUUUGAUGGACAAUCCGCCUAACUUUAUCCAUCUCUUUUUCCGUCAAUUUUGACGGAUUUGGAGGAUGGAUUAUCCGUCUCAGACCGAUAAUCCGUCUCUAGUGUGAAAACGGCCAUUAUCGCGGACAUGCAUUGUGCUGUGAUGUGAUGUGAUGUGAGGUACAUGUAUGGUUGGUGGGUGGAGGGGGAAGGGGCUUUCUUUUCCCCUCACAGACAAGUGAAUCACCAUUCUAAUCAGGUCGCGAAAAAAAAAACACUUGAAUUCCACCUUGUCCUUUGGGCAAACAGCUCUCUCAUUUUGCUUGCCAAGGACCACUUCUUGCUUGUCUUAGUAAAUGAUGUUUUUAGAGAAUGACUUACCUCGACCCUUGUCUACUGGAAAAGUAAGCAAGUGAGCUUUUAAAGGUAUACUUGCCUUGCAACAAUAUCUUCUUGCCUCGGCCGGACUACCGAACGGGACUUUUUUCGGGCCUUGCCAAUGUGACUAAAUUGUGAUUCAUUGUCCUCACUCAAACUUUAUCUCGUCACUCAUAUUUACUCUUGCCAAACUGUAUAAUACGCGUUCGCUGAAUCCUUACCUCACAAAUACUGUUAAACGCAUUGAGCUGUAGCUAUAUACAUGUAUGUAAUUGUGGCCAGCUCGUUGCUGUUCAAAAGGUAAAUGGCGCUAUCCACUGGAAAAAUCUCUAUCCAGUGGAUAACGCAAUUGGUUUCUCUUCUGCUUACCCACUGGAUGAAAGGGUGAAAGAUGUUGAAAGAUUUUGAGUCGUAUUUUCAGGGUAGAAGGUUGAACUUUGUAAGAUUUCCUUCGGACAUUUUUUAACUUAAGCUUUUAUUGCAUUGCAGGUCUUUACAAGAAGGACGACUCAGAGGAAACCGAAGACGGCCGUUAUCACCGAUUUGACAACACAGCUGUCGCUUGA